AUGCAGGUGCGCCGACCCACCCCGUUCGAGGUGCGCGUGACGGGCCGCAUCUUCGGCGGCAUGGAGACGAACAUCAAGGACGCUCCCCAUCAGCUAUCGCUGCGGCGCUUUGACUCGCACAUCUGCGGCGCAUCCGUGGUGGAUGCAUCGCUGGCCAUCACGGCAGCGCACUGUUUGACGCCCAAACCUUUGCCCGAGUUUAUCACCCUCAUGGGAGGCUCCUCGAAUCGGACGGAUUACGACGUGGGCGUGAUAUUUAAUGCGAUCGAAAUCAUAAUCCAUCCCGGAUACAAUUCCAACACAUUCCACAACGAUGUCGCCCUGGUCCGCAUCGAGGGCACGUUCGGGGGGUACGAAAAUGUGGCCCCGAUUCCGCUGCGCACUCGUACGAUAUUUACCUCCAGCUCCAAUCCCGUCUACUGCACGGUUUCGGGCUGGGGUCUUACCAACAUGAACGGCGACGGCCUUCCCGAGAUCCUGCGCAUCGUGCGCAUUCCACUGGUGCCGUUCACCGAGUGCCGACGGAAGUGGAAUCCAUUUCCGAUUACGAGCUCCAUGAUCUGUGCCGGAGAGCUGCGGAAGGACGCGUGCAAUGGUGACAGUGGCGGUCCGCUGGUGUGUAAUGGGCAGCUGUACGGCAUCGUGUCGUGGGGCUCUAACCAGUGUGGCAGCUCCUAUCCGGGGAUAUACACCAGCAUUCCGGCUGUGUUGAGCUUCCUGAGCGAAUACAUGUCCCCGAUGCAGUUCGACGCGGCUUAA